AUGCUAAUGCUUAAUAAAACAGAUCUCUCCCCAGCCUCAUUUAUUCUUGAUGGAGUUCCAGGGCUGGAAGACACACACCUCUGGAUUUCCUUUCCGUUCUGCUCCAUGUAUGUUGUGGCUAUGGUAGGGAAUUGUGGACUCCUCUACCUCAUCUGCUGUGACGACUCUCUGCACAAGCCCAUGUUUUACUUUUUGGCCUUGCUUUCCCUUACUGACCUUGUCAUGUGCUCUAGUACAAUCCCUAAAGCCCUUUGCAUCUUCUGGUUUCAUCUCAAGGAAAUCGGCUUUGAUGAAUGCCUGGUCCAGAUGUUCUUCAUCCAUACCUUCACAGGGAUGGAGUCUGGGGUGCUCAUGCUUAUGGCCCUGGACCGCUAUAUAGCCAUCUGCUAUCCUCUGCGCUACUCAACUAUCCUCACCAAUCCAGUCAUUGCAAAGUUUGGGCUUGCUACUUUCCUGAGAGGGGUGUUGCUCAUCAUUCCCUUCACUUUCCUCACCAAGCGCCUGCCCUACUGCAGAGGGCAUGUAAUUCCCCAUACCUACUGUGACCACAUGUCUGUAGCCAAAUUAUCCUGUGGGAAUGUCAAGGUCAAUGCCAUCUAUGGUCUGCUGGUCGCCCUCUUGAUUGGGGGAUUUGACAUCCUGUGCAUCACAGUCUCCUACACCAUGAUCCUUCGGGCAGUCGUCAGCCUCUCUUCGGCAGAUGCCCGGCAGAAGGCCUUCAGCACGUGCACUGCCCACAUCUGUGCCAUUGUUUUCUCCUACAGUCCAGCGUUUUUCUCCUUCUUUUCCCAUCGUUUUGGAAGCCACACAAUUCCUCCAUCUUGCCACAUCAUUGUGGCCAAUGUUUAUCUGCUCUUGCCUCCUACCAUGAACCCUAUUGUCUAUGGGGUGAAAACCAAGCAGAUACGAGACUGUGUUAUAAGAAUUCUUUCAAGUUCUAAGGAUGCCAAAUCUCAUGGCAUAUCAGUGUCCAUCUUCCAGGACAGAUAA